AUGGAGAGGAACGAUGUACUCAACUUCAAAGCUCUGGAGAAAGAGCUGCAGGCUGCCCUCGCUGCUGACGAGAAGUAUAAAAGGGAGAACGCAGCCAAGUUACGGGCAGUUGAGCAAAGGGUGCCUUCCUAUGAGGAGUUCAGAGGUAUUGUUCUUGCUUCACACCUGAAACCUCUGGAACAAAAGGACAAGAUGGGAGGAAAGAGAUUUGUGCCCUGGAACUGUCACACUACUCGGGAAAAGACAUCUCAAGAUAUGGUCAUUGAAAUGCCCCAGGAGAAAUCACCCUUCCAGCCCGCCACCUCUGCAGAAUUUUACCGUGAUUGGCGCCGACACUUAAGAAGUGGGCCAGAGCGCUACCAAGCCCUGCUUCAGCUUGGGGGGCCCAAGCUGGGCCACCUCUUCCAAAUGGACGUGGGAUUUGGACUUCUCGGGGAGCUGCUGGUGGCACUGGCCGAGCAUGUCAAGCUGAGCGACCGGAUGGCAGUACUAAGGAUUCUGCACAGCCUGGCUAACACUGGGCGGUUUGCCUUGAACCUGAGCCUGCUAAGCAGUGCAGAGCGAGAGAGCUGCCAGCGCUUGUUUCAGAAGUUGCAGGCCAUGGGUACCACCAGACCCAUGCAGGAGGGCCUCAGCAUGGAAGAGCCAUCUGCUGGGCUACAGGGAGAAGAAGGGCUCCUACAGGAGCUGCUAGAACUGUAUGGGGUCCAUUGA